AUUAUCUUUGACACUGAACUGAUCAAGUACUUUGAAAAUGGCUUCAAAACUUCUCUGGGUGUCCUUCAUACUUGCUGCAUUGACACUUUCAAUUACAUUUUCUCUCCAACCAGACCAGCCAAAGGUUCUACUAGUUUCAUUUGAUGGAUUCCGUUGGGAUUACUUAUACAGAGUUCCAACACCCCAUUUUCAUCAUGUUAAAGAAUACGGUGUCCACGUGAAGCAAGUUACUAAUAUUUUUAUUACGAAGACCUACCCUAACCAUUAUACUUUGGUAACUGGCCUCUUUGCCGAGAAUCAUGGCAUUGUGGCAAAUGACAUGUUUGAUCCUGUUCUGAACAAAUCUUUCUCCCUGGAUAAUAUGAACAUUUAUGAUUCUGAGUUUUGGGAAGAAGCGACGCCAAUAUGGAUCACAAAUCAGAGGGCAGGACAUACGAGUGGUGCAGCCAUGUGGCCCGGAACAGACGUCAAAAUACAUAAAAGCUUUCCUACUUACUAUAUGCCUUACAAUGAGUCCGUUUCAUUUGAAGAGAGAGUUGCCAAAAUUAUUGAAUGGUUUACAUCGAAAGAGCCCAUCAAUCUCGGUCUUCUCUAUUGGGAAGAACCUGAUGACAUGGGCCACCAUUUGGGACCAGACAGCCCACUCAUGGGGCCUGUCAUUUCAGAUAUUGACCAGAGGUUAGGGUAUCUCAUACGAAUGCUGAAAAAGGCAAAGUUGUGGAACAUUCUGAACCUAAUCAUCACAAGUGAUCACGGAAUGACACAGUGUUCUGAGGAAAGGAUCAUAGAGCUUGACCAGUAUCUGGAUAAAGACCACUAUACCCUGAUUGACCAGUCGCCGGUGGCAGCCGUCUUGCCCAAAGAAGGUAAAUUUGAUGAAGUCUAUGAAGCACUAGCUCAUGCUCAUCCUAAUCUGACUGUUUACAAAAAAGAAGAGAUUCCAGACAGAUGGCAUUACAAAUACAACAGUCGAAUUCAGCCAAUUCUCGCAGUGGCUGACGAAGGGUGGUAUAUUUUACGGAAUAAGUCAGAUGACUUUCUGUUAGGCAACCAUGGUUAUGAUAAUGCAUUAGCAGAAAUGCAUCCCAUGUUUUUAGCCCACGGUCCUGCCUUCCGAAAGAAUUUCACAAAAGAGGCCAUGAACUCAACAGAUCUGUACCCCCUGCUCUGCCACCUCCUCAAUAUCACUGCGGUGCCACACAACGGAUCACUCAGGAAUGUCCAGGAUCUGCUCAGCUCACCAACUCCAAGAGCAAGUCCUUAUACACAGAGUCCUCCUCUCCCCCAUGGUAGUGUCAAACCAAGAGAAAAUGAACAAGAGGAGCCAUAUGCUUAUUUCAUAGGGGUCUCUCUCGGUAGCAUUAUAGUUAUUGUGUUUGUAAUAAUUUUCAUUAAACAUUUAAUUCGCAGUCAAAUACCUGCCUUACCAGAUUUUCAGGUUGAAAUAUCUCAACCAUUAUUACAAGCCUAAUGCUCCUUUGAUGUGGAGAUUGCAUAGUUAUGUCAGUGUUUAAAGGUUUCAGAUUCUAGGAAACCAGCUUCAAACAUUUGCACAGACCAUUAAGCAGUUACGUACAUAUGCAGAGGCAGUCAUACACACACACACACACACACACACACACACUCAUGCACAUGGACCAAAAUACACAUACCUGCAAAGGAUGAAAGAUGGGGAAGUAUGUUUCCAUUGUCCUCUCUGGCUUCUGGUAGGUAAGAUCCUGCUUUAUUUGGACUUGGCACAUACAAUGUAUACAUUUAACAACUUUGCAGUACCUUACAUAUUGCACUUUAAAUUACUCUCCUAAUGGGUACACUUCUGUGAAAUGCACUUUAUUGACAAUUACGUCUGAUAACUCGGUUGAAAAAGACAACUUUUGCACCCAUGUCCCAGAAUACCCGUUAUUCCUUGUUCAAACGGAAUGAAAUUUCUAAUAAUUUCUGAAUACUGUAGAAAUCUAUCUAUCUUCUUAAAUUGGGAGAGCAUGAAGAAAGUGAAAACUGUUGAAAAUGAAAUAUGAUGACUUUUG